AUGAGGGCUCUGAUUUACAAUAUCCGAGGGUUCGGUGAGCAGGGGCGCCGAACACAACUUAAAUCCUACAUCCGAGGGGAUCGGGUGGACAUCAUUGGGCUUCAGGAGACUAUCAAAGCGGAUUUCUCAGCGACUGAGCUGCGGAGCCUGGAAUUCGGGGGUCAGUUCGCUUGGAACUGGCUGCCGGCGGAGGGCCAUUCCAGGGGUAUGCUUCUCGGUUUUCGUGAUGAGUGCUUUGAUGUUGGUGCUUGGAGGCAGGGGACCUUCUUCAUCUUGGCUACCAUACUCCAACGGAAGAACAAUAUGAAGUGGUGCUUCUUCCUGGUGUAUGGGCCGGCGGAUCAUCGUCGCACGGAUGAGUUUCUGGGAGAACUUACCCACGCGGUGGCAGGGUGCCAAUUUCCGGUGGUCAUUGCCGGGGAUUUUAACCUCAUCCGGACAGCGGAUGAGAAGAGUAAUGACAACAUCAGCUGGUCGAGGGUGAGACGCUUUAAUGAGGCUAUCGCCGAUAUGGCCUUGCGAGAGCUGGAGCGUACCGGGGCGCGCUUCACAUGGACCAACAAACGACUCCGGCCGACACGGUGUGUUUUGGACCGGGUGCUCGUGGCGCCGGCCUGGGAGGCGGCGUUCCCUUUGUGCUCGCUUACGGCGAUUACGAGGAUUGGCUCGGAUCAUACGCCUCUCUUACUAUCUACCGGAGAAGAGACAAGGCGCCCACCGCCGAGAUUCUUCUUCCAGACGUGGUGGUUUGGCGUACCGGGCUUUGGGGACCUCCUCAAGGCCAAACUUGGUAGCUUUAUCCAGGAGCGGGGAGCGCACAGGUGUUGCAUUGACCAGUGGCAGUGCGUGGUGCGCAACACUCGUCAAUUCCUCAAGGGAUGGGGAGCCAAUUUGGGAAAGGAGAAAAGGGACUUCAGGGCUAACCUGCUCCUGCAAGUCUCUGAGUUGGACAAGGUGGCGGACGCCACUGGCUUGGAUGAGGAGGGCUGGGCGCUUAGAUACCACUUGGAAGACCAGUUAUCGGCCUUGGACAGGGCUGAUGAGGAGUACUGGCGCCAGCGCAGCCGGGUGCAAUGGACUCUCAGGGGAGAUUCUUGCACGGCCUACUUCCAUGCCAUCGCGAAUGGGCGUAGACGGAAGUGUUCGAUACCGCGGCUGAUCACAGAUCAAGGGGAGGUCCAUGAACAGCAAGAGCUCAUGGAACACAUAUAUGUGUUUUACCAGGGCCUCAUGGGAUCGGUCGGGGAGACCAGGCGGUUUUCUCUGGGACAUAACCUUUGGGAAGGGAACCAAAGGGUGUCCCAGGAGGAAAACCAUGAGCUGGAGCUUACUUUUACUGCGGACGAAUUAGACGAAGUUCUGGCUAGCAUGAAGCAAGAUUCGGCGCCAGGUCCUGACGGCCUACCAGUCAUCUUCUUCAAACGGUUCUGGGGAACUCUCCGAGGUCCACUCCUGCAGCUUCUCAACGACUUUGCCCUAGGGAGGGUUGACGUUGCGCGGCUCAAUUAUGGGAUCAUCACUCUUAUCCCCAAGGUUAAAGGGGCGGACCAUAUUAGACAGUUUAGGCCGAUUACGCUUAUUAACGUCAUUUUCAAGUUUAUUGCGAAAGCCUACGCGAUUAGACUAGCUCCCGUUGCGCAUAGGGUCAUCGACCGUUGUCAGACGGCCUUUAUUAAGGGGCGUUGCCUACACGAGGGGGCGCUGGCCUUACAUGAAAUUGUGCACGAGCUGCACGUCAGGAAGCAAAAGGGUUUGCUCCUGAAGCUUGACUUCGAGAAGGCCUACGACAGGGUCGAUUGGGAUUUUCUCCAAGAGAUCCUCCUGCGGAAAGGCUUCUCCGCCAUGAUGGUGCACAGAUUGAUGCAACUGGUCAGGGGUGGCCAGACUGCGAUCAAUGUUAACGGGGAAAUAGGGCAUUUCUUCCGUAACGCGCGGGGAGUGAGGCAAGGGGACCCACUCUCGCCGAUCCUCUUCGAUUUUAUGGUGGACGGCCUGGCCGCGAUCAUCUGCAAGGCCAGGGCGGCAGGACACGUUAGGGGGCUAGUGUCACAUCUGAUCCCGGGAGGGGUUACUCACCUGCAGUACGCGGAUGACACCAUGAUCCUUUUGGAACCCACAGGGGUGGGUAUAGCUAAUCUGAAAACCCUGCUCCUCUGCUUCGAGAAUAUGUCGGGUUUGAAGAUUAACUUCGACAAGAGCGAGGUGGUGGUGAUGGGGGCCACCCCGGCUGCACAACAAAGGGUGGCCAACCUGCUCAACUGCCGUCUUGGCAAAUUCCCUAUCACUUAUCUGGGCUUGCCAAUUAGUGAUAAGCCGCUGAGGGUGUCAGAUUGGGGAUUUUUGCCGGAGGUCGUGGCUCAUAGGGUUGAGCCAUGGCAGGGCCUGUACCUGGGGGCUGCAGGAAGGCUGGAGCUCACAAACUCCUGCUUGUCUAGUCUGCCUUUGUUCGCCAUGAGCAUGUACCUGCUGCAUGAUGGCACCCACAAGGCUAUGGACAAGCCGCGCUCGCGUUUUUUCUGGGAAGGCGUGGGGGACAAGCGCAAGUACCACAUGGUGGAUUGGGCCACGGUGUGUAAACCCAAGGCGUUGGGGGGCCUGGGGGUCAUGAACACCAAGGCCAUGAACAUCGCUCUCAUGGUCAAAUGGAUUUGGAAGCUGUACCAAGGUGCUGAAGGUCUAUGGGCAGACCUGAUUAGGGCUAAGUACCUGCGGGGCAGGGACCUCUAUGCGGGAGGGGUCCCAACUCAUGGCUCCCAAUUUUGGAAUGCAAUACAAAAGAUUAAGUGGCAUUUCAAAAUGGGGGCCAAACAUAGGGUGCGGAACGGAAGGAGGACUUACUUCUGGACGGACUGGUGGACGGGCAAUGGUCCACUAAGGACGAGAUUCCCUAGGCUGUUUAGCUGCUGUGAGUCCCCGUUCAUCACCGUCGAGGGGGCGAGGGUGCACGACGGGGCGCCAGGGGAAUGGCGUCUCCGCUUCCGACGCCAAUUGGGUCUUGCAGAGCAGGUCGAAUGGGACAAUCUCUGCAGGGAAGUACAGGGGCUUCCCACGGAACUUACGGAAGACGAGGUGUCUUGGGCUUUAGAGCCUUCGGGCGCUUUCUCGACUAGCUCGGUCUAUGUUCGUCUGGCGCAAGGGGCGGCUAUUGCAUCGUUCAAGGAUGUAUGGAGGACCAGAGUUCCACCGAAGAUCAAGGUGUUCCUCUGGCAACUGAUUAGGGGGCGGCUGCCCUCGGGGGAGCAGCUGCUUAAGCGCCAUGGACCGUCCAAUGGACUGUGUGCGCUUUGUGGUGCCUGGGAGGACUGCAACCACAUUUUCUUCACCUGCCCAACCGCGAGACUGAUGUGGGCUGGGGUGAGGGAGCUCCUUGCGUGCAAUUGGAACCCGGCGGGGGCCGGGGAAUUCAUUGCACUCGCUCAGGGCUUGAGCAACCCCCUCCGAAGGCUGGCUUGGUUUACGUUUGCGGCGCAAUGCUGGACGCUGUGGAACAUUCGCAAUAAGCUAGCUAUAGAGGGAAAGAUGAUCGGCAACCCGGCUGACGUGUUCUAUCAAAUGUCUAUUCAUAUGCAGUGCUGGAGGGUUCUGGUCAGACCGAGGGACAGGGACUUGCUGGACUUGGCGGUGGGAGACGUCAGGAGGCUCUACUCGCGGACGCAGUCUGAGGGGACAUGA